GGCGCGGCGGAUCCGGUGGGGGGCCGCGCUUCCACUGGGCUGGCUGUGGUGCUGCGUGCUACUGCAGCUGCAGCGGGGCGGGGCGGGGCGAGCGGCACUCAUCACCAACAAGGAGAGAGAGACUGGCGUCGUCCGAGGCCGUCCCUCGCCAUAAUUCCAGCCCACUGUUUGUGUGUGUGUGCCGCUGUAGCAGCGCUAGCGCGCGCCACCACCACCGUCAGCCUCUUUCUUUCUCUCUCUCUCUCUCUCUCUCUCUCUCCACCUCGCCGCCGUCGAGAUUUCGUCGUCUCCUGGGGCUCGGGCAACCGAAGCAGCAAGCUUUGGGGAGGGAGGUUGUCCUCGGCGGACAGAGUCGUUGCCCGGGCCGAUGCCGGCCCUGAUGUAGAUUGCUCAUCCGCUUCGCCCGGUUGCCAACGUCUCUUCUUCCGGAGUAGCGGUUCCGGCGCGCCCCCAUGAUCUGCCAGUUGGAACCCUUGGGCGUUCGUGGAGGAGGUUGCUCUGCCGGACAGUGAUCGCAUUUGGUGGCGGUGGAGGAGGAAGACGACGGCGAGUCGACGACCAUGAAGGAGGCGCGCGAGGAGGAGAGGUGCCUUGACCCGCAGCUGUGGCACGCGUGCGCCGGCGGCAUGGUGCAGAUGCCCCCCGUGCGCUCCCGUGUCUACUACUUCCCGCAGGGCCACGCGGAGCACGCGCACGCCGGCGGCGCCGCCGACCUCGCCGCCGGGGCGCGGCCGCUCCCGCCGCUCGUGCUCUGCGCCGUCACCGGGGUGCGCUUCCUGGCCGAUCCGGAGACCGACGAGGUCUUCGCCAAGAUCCGCCUGGUGCCGCUCGCGCCCGGCGAGGUGGAGUUCCGAGAGCCCGACGAGUUCGGCCUCGGCGUCGGCGGCGUCGGCGUCGACCCCGCGGACGCCCGGGAGAAGCUGUCCUCCUUCGCCAAGACGCUCACGCAGUCCGACGCCAACAACGGCGGCGGCUUCUCCGUGCCGCGCUACUGCGCCGAGACCAUCUUCCCCAAGCUCGACUACCGGGCCGACCCGCCCGUACAGACGGUGCUCGCCAAGGACGUGCACGGGGAGGUCUGGAAGUUCCGACACAUUUACCGGGGCACGCCGCGCCGGCAUUUGCUCACCACGGGAUGGAGCACCUUCGUCAACCAGAAGAAGCUCGUCGCCGGGGACUCCAUCGUCUUCCUGCGCACCGAGCAUGGCGAGCUGUGCGUCGGGAUACGCCGUGCCAAGCGGGUGUCCUGUGGUGGCAUGGAGUGCAUGUCUGGCUGGAACGCCCCGGGGUAUGGGGCCCUGUCGGCCUUCUUGAAGGAUGAGGAGGGUAAGAUGAUCAAGGGUCCUGGUGGGUACAUGAGAGGCAGGGGGAAGGUCAAGAUCACGGAUGUUGUUGAGGCCGCAAGCCUUGCGGCCAGCGGCCAACCAUUUGAGGUGGUGUACUACCCGAGAGCUAGCACACCGGAGUUUGUUGUCAAGGCAGCAUCGGUGCAGAACGCGAUGAGGAACCAGUGGUGCCCCGGGAUGAGGUUCAAGAUGGCAUUUGAGACAGAGGAUUCAUCAAGGAUCAGCUGGUUUAUGGGGACCAUAGCUUCUGCUCAGGUUGCCGACCCAAUCAGAUGGCCAAAUUCACCGUGGAGGCUUCUUCAGGUGACAUGGGAUGAACCUGACUUGCUGCAGAAUGUGAAAUGUGUCAAUCCAUGGCUUGUGGAGAUUGUAUCAAGUAUUCCACCCAUUCACCUGGGACCAUUUUCUCCACCUAGAAAGAAGUUGCGGAUGCCCCAACAUCCAGACUUUCCAUUUGACGGUCAGCUGUUGAAUCCAAUUUUCCACGGCAACCCACUUGGUCCAAGCAACAGCGCUCUUCGCUGUUUCUCGGACAUUGCUCCUGCAGGCAUACAGGGAGCCAGGCAUGCUCAAUUUGGUUUACCCCUAACAGACCACCAGCUUAGCAAGCUGCACCUCGGUCUGUUCCAAGGCGGCGGUUUUAACCGGUUUGAUGCUAUCACUCCGCCAUCCCAUAUAUCCAAGGGUUUUGUGAUCAGCAGUGCACCAGUCAAUGAGAGUGUCUCUUGCUUGUUGACAAUUGGCACACCACAGGCCACAGAGAAAUCUGAUGACAGAAAGAAACCCCAUAUAAUGCUGUUUGGCAAGCCGAUCCUUACUGAGCAGCAGAUGAAUUCUAGAGGAUCAAGGGAAACAUUCUCCCCUGAGGUUACUGGGAACAGUUCUUCUGAUGGCAAUGUUCAGAAGACAGGAAAUGUAUCUGAUGGUUCUGGUUCAUCGAUUUGCAUCGGUUUCUCAUCCCAAGGUCACGAGGCUUCUGAGCUUGGGUUAGAAGCCGGGCACUGCAAGGUAUUUAUGGAAUCAGAGGAUGUUGGUCGCACCAUUGACUUGUCUGUCUUUGGUUCAUACGAAGAGCUGUACGGUCAGUUAGCUGACAUGUUUGGAAUUGAGAAGGCAGAAAUAAUGAGCCACCUUUGUUACCGUGAUGCUGCUGGUGCUGUCAAGCAUACUGGUGAAGAGCCAUUCAGUGACUUCAUGAAAGUAGCACGGAGGCUCACCAUAAUAGAGAGCACCGAGGGGAGACUGCAGAAACCUCUCAUCGAAUACAUGAUGGAGCGGGCUUGAUUGCAUGACUGGUUCAAUAAGGCAAUCUGAAGCUUGUGAGAAGACUGAGCUUAGAGCGAAGUAACUGCUGUGUUUGCAUUUGUGUUUGUCUGCCGUGAAGCAGAAUCUCGAUGUUUUCUGGUCAUGUGGAAAACCUUGGUGUACGGAUCUUCAUCAGUCGUGACUUGGGUCGUUAGAACUCUGUCGUGAUCAGUUGUGUUGUGCUUGGUCGAAGUUGAUAAAUAACCUCUUUGACGAAUUAUUAGCUUGGAAUAAAGUUCGAGUUGUGCUAAGGAAUGCCAGUGCCAUGGCAAUCCAGUUGUCAUUGUCGAUUUAGUUAAAAUGUUUGUAUCUGCUGCUGCAGUUUGAUAGCACUUGCCUCUGUAUGUUAAACUUAUGGUGGUUAUGUUUAUUUCAUCAGCUUGAAAAUCA